GCGCGGGCGGCGGCGAUGGCGGCGGCGGCGAUGAGCUGCUGGGGGGUCGCGCUGGGCGCCGCCGUCGGCUUCCCGCUGCUCCUGCUGGCCGCGGCGCCCUGCAUCAGGCGGUUCGUGGCGGGCGGGCGGUGCGAGUCUGCCGCCCGGCUGGACGGGAAGGUGGCGGUCAUCACCGGGGCCAACACCGGCAUCGGCAAGGAGACGGCCCGGGAGCUGGCGCGGAGAGGGGCGAGGGUGAUCAUCGCUUGCAGAGACACAGCGAAGGGAGAAGCUGCAGCCAGUGAAAUCCGGGCUGAGACAGGGAACCCGCAGGUCGUUGUGAAAAAACUGGACUUGGCUGAUACUAAGUCCAUCCGGGAGUUUGCUGCCAGCUUUCUAGCAGAGGAGAAGGAGCUCCAUAUCCUCAUUAAUAAUGCUGGGGUAAUGUUAUGCCCUUACUCCAAGACAGCUGAUGGCUUUGAGAUGCACCUGGGAGUCAAUCAUCUUGGUCACUUUCUUUUAACCUUCCUGUUGCUGGAGCGUCUGAAGCAGUCGGCCCCGGCCCGCAUAGUGAACGUGUCCUCACUGGGUCAUCAUGGAGGCCGAAUCCGCUUCCAUGACCUCAAUGGUGAGAAGAGCUACAAUCGUGGCCUCGCCUACUGUCACAGCAAGUUGGCCAACGUGCUUUUCACACGGGAGCUGGCGAGGAGGCUGCAAGGCACUAAAGUUACAGCAAAUGCUCUCCACCCUGGCUCUGUCAAUACUGAGCUGGUCCGGCACUCGUUUGCAAUGACAUGGCUGUGGAGGAUAUUCUCAUUCUUCUUGAAGACUCCUUGGGAAGGAGCUCAGACCAGUGUGUACUGUGCAGUAGCAGAGGAGCUAGAAUCUGUGACAGGACAGUAUUUCAGUGAUUGCCGGCCAGCAUAUGUAUCUUCAUGGGGUCGGGAUGAUGAGACAGCAAAGAAGCUUUGGAAUGUGAGCUGUGAGCUCCUUGGCAUCCAGUGGGACUGAGCAGUGCACGCCUCAAGCGCAUACCUGGCUCAGGACAGCGAUGAUGCUCCUGGGAAGAGCACUGCCAAGAGAACUCAAGACAAGAAUGCCGAUCCUUCAGCUGCCCUCAAGAUGGUUCUGUGGACACAGUCUGAUAGGAGUUUCUGGAAUAGCACACUUACAGGUUGAGAUUAGUAAGCAACCAGUCCCCUUUUGUAGCUAAGAAUUAGAGCACCAAUGCAGCGAGCAACCUUUGAUACCUCUUGCAACAGCCAGAGGCUGUUAUUCUGUCUUUAGAUUAGAAAAUGAGGUUAUCUAAUUUUAGGAUUAGGUCACCUGUAUUGAAAGCUUUUGUUUUUUUUUCCUCCACAGUAGUAAUACUAAAAAAGUAGGAUGCUAAACUUAAGUUCUGUUCAACAUGGCGGAGUGCAAGUAUUCAGGUUUCUGGCAGUUACUUAUAAUGUGCUUCCAAGUACACAGACACAGGUGCUGGCCUUUUUGUACCAAGCAUUAGGUAAAGAUUUUAAUUGGAAUUAAGUACUGUUCUCUGUAUUCUCUGUCAGAACUUGGCCUCUAGCCACUGAAGUAUCUUGCUCCUUGAUUGCAGUAAGUUAACCGAAGGUUGGUUUAUCUUUUGAGAAGCCAGCUCUCAGUGCAGCUGACUGGGAGGUUAAAAGCUGCAGGAAGGGUGCAAUUGUGCAUUGACAAGUUAUGUUAUUCAAAACAAUUAACAGCUCUGCUUUGAGAUGGUAGAAGAGUUGUCACAAUAAAAGCCUGAGCUGAGCUCUAAAUGACUUACAAACCUAGGAAAAAGCAGAAUAAAUACAAAAAAAAAAUCUGAGGUGAGAAAAAUCUUUUUUUUUUUUUUUUUUUUGAGACUUUAAGAUUGCUUUAACAGUAAACCUUGAGCUGAAUAGCUGAAGCGAGGGCCUGUCUUAAUAUUAUGGUCAAUUUAGUUACAGGACAAAAAUAAGACUUGCACUGAAACCCCUAUGUUUGUUUGUCUAGCAGU